AUGAGGACUCCGAUUAAUGGUUACCGUCUUGUUGGGCUUUUAUCCGCCGCACGACUUUUUCAUGGCAACCUCAUUUUCAUGAAGAAAGAACAACACCGGCGGCGAAAGCUGGAAAAGAAGAUCUGCCGCCGUGUUGGAGUGAGGAGAGAAGUCGUAUUUGACGGCGUCAGAUUGGAGGAGUUCUUGACUACUUGUGACUGGACCAUCGAGGAGGACCCAACGAAAGACUACGACGCUUCUUAG